AACGCCAGUGAAAGGUUCGCGCCCAAUCUCAGUAUUUCAAUGUCGCACUCUUGGCACUCGUUGCUUGUUACUUCGUCAACACGACCAGUACCCCUUCGCGCUCGACAACUUCCUUUCCACCGCGCCUUCCUGCCAUCACCGCAUCACGGUCGCGCCAUCGACGCUGCCCCCUCGACCGCACAGCCUCGUCACGGGCAACACCUGCAUCCGUAAUGUGUUCUUAUCGCUACAUCUACUAUUCUCGCUGUCGUCACGCAGAGUUCAUCAAGGUCAACUACUGCGACAGGGCUAAGGAGCUUGGAUGGCCGCAGUGGGAUAGCACUCGCUACCUUCAAGAUCAACUGCAGCGUCACGCCAACGCGCCAGGUCCGUCAGUGCAGGAUCGCGCUCGCCCAUCCACCCAAGGAAACCGAGAGUGGUCACGCCCUUCAUCAGACACUGGCUCUCCGCAUCAUCAAACACAACACUAUCUCGGGCAUCCUCAAGUGAACGGUAUGGCUACGUCGUCCGAGCACGGAUUGGCGCAUAGCUGGGCAGACGACGUCUCUGCCCCGGAUGAUGAGGCGAAUCCAAAUGCCUAUCUCAUCCCCAGGUCGACUCAAACCGACGUGGUCGCGCCAGGCCAUCCAGAUUACCCCGCUAGCCACGAAUAUCACCAUCAUGCAUCUCUGGCUAGUUGCGCACGUGAUACAGAGGGCGGAAAUAUGCUGGAAAUAGGCAUUCCCAUGAAUACUUACUCGUCCAUCUCAAUGGAGCUGAGACAUCAAGACGAUGACGCCUGUACUCGCGCCUCCAGCUCGGCUACCGUCCGUCAUUAUGAAUCCGACGUAGAGACCCUUCGAGGUUCUCCCGCAAGCCUGUCUGACCCACAGUCCUCUGGACUGCUCUUGCAGAGCAGCCCAGCCCGAGAUACAGAUCAGAGCAUUCAACUCCGGGAUACGCACUCCCGAUCCUCUAGCACGUUUGAUUUCGACGCGGGAGACGGAGAGGCUGCUGCGAGCCACGAUGCGGAUUAUAGUACUAAUCACAUAGAGCAGGGUAGCCCUCGUAACCCACGAAAGCCUAUUCCUCCACAAUGGGCUGCCGCCAAAUCAAAGGCUCCAGUGCUGAGCACGGCAAAGCGUGCUUUGGAGCGAGAGUCUCGAAAGAAGACUUCCCAUACUGACCUUUCGACGGAGUCUAGAACUAAACUCUUUCGAGGCGCACGUAGCUCUGUCGAUCUUGAUAAACAGCAAGGUGGAGACGUGACCACGUUUCUCACCAAGGAUGCCGCCGCUGCAGUCGACGGCGACAUUACCUCUUCGCGAGCCAGUAGCACAAUUCGGUGUACAACUUCAAAGGCCACCAUAAAGAGCCCCGCCGGAUCGCCUCUUAGGGAUCAUACAAAGCACCAAUCGAGCAUCAAGAUUACAGCGUCACCAAGCAGGACCCCAAAGGCGCCAGCCCAUGGGCCUGAUUUAGCAGAAGCCAGUGCGAGUGGCCGAUCUGGACCUAGCUCAAUCUCUUCGGGAUAUACUCCUUUUGAAACGGCAAAGCAUUCUCCAAUAUCGGAGGUGAGCAGCUACAUGUCGGCCCUUGAGUCCCUAGCUGAGCAUGUCCUCGAUGUGGAUGUUCAUACUCCUGAUUUGCGCCUCGCUGAUAAAAAAAACCUACAGGAGGCAAUUAAGACGAGUGACGGCAAGAAGACCCAAAAUCAGCACCGUCGGGGAAAGUCAGAGCCCCACUUCAUGGCACCCACCGCGGCUGGAAAGGCGACGCAACCCCCGAAACUCUCUUUGAAGAUUCCACACUCGAAAACACUUGCCACUGAUCGCAAACCUCAUUUCACACUGGGUUCUGCUGCAAGUUCAGCGUCUGUCUCGCCGGGAUCCCCUUCAUCAUCGCGGAUUCCUCGGAAAGCCGCAUCCUCAAAGACUAAUCAAGAAAGUGGCAGCUUGGCCACUCCUUUACGUCCUGGCCUUCUGAAGCGAGCGAAGUCGGCAAAGUCUCUCUCAUCCAAAGAAAGGCCACGCAGCGUUGCCGGCGAUAUCGCAGCGAAUGAACCUGCAUCAAAAGAGCCUUGCGACAUACCUCUGCCUACCACUCCUGGUAAUGCAGUCCCUUUGCGUCAUGUCAAAACCUUAGACAGCAAAGGUACAACACCCAUCAUCUCUCGAGCCUCUCCAGUGAUAUGCUCAACGGCCACAUCCACAGCCACCACCUUAGACAACUCUCUAGAGGAGGAUAAUGUGACUAUCAGCACGACUCCUACUGACGAUCCGCUACUAGAUAAGCAUUUACUAGUUACUUCUUAUCUCGAGAAACAUGUUCCCGGCCAAGGUGAGGGAGCUCACCCAGACUUUAAGGGCAUCGCGUCCGCUUUUGAGGCACAACUCGAUACAUUGGCGCCUUUCAACGGUGACACGAUGGCUUUUUUGUUUUCGAAAGCAAAGAUUGAGAGUACGGGCAAAAACCCCAAGAGUGAAGAUUGGGUACCAGGAGUAAAUUCUCAGAAUCGUGACACAAGAGUGGCUAGCGACGAGACGGUAAAGGCUUUACAAUUGUCUAGUUCAGAGGAUUAUAUGCUUAACGAUCCGGCUAUCGUCUUCAGCCGCAAGAAGUCUGAAUCUUCUGGUGCUGCUCUAUCAGAUACAGCUCAUGAGGAGAUCUCUUCUGUAACAUCAGCCGGUACCGAGUACAAUCGAACGGCUGAAAUAUGGCGUCACACUUCUCCAGUGCGGGGAAGAAAGCAACAAAAUGUCUCUGAAAGCAGUUUGCGAAGAAGUAGUCAAGUCUCUUUGCGCUCAAAUGUUCCCUCCCACUUGCGCGCAACUGCACCCGACUUCGUCCCACAACAACAGGAUAACACGGCUACUCGGCCUAAUUUGCCAACAGAGUGGACUAAUACGCAGGCUGAACCCCUCUACGGGCAACCCUUUGCUCUCGAUCCAAAUGGCAUUCCGUACUUCUAUGGCAUGUACCCAGUUGCACUUGGACCAGGAACAGUUUUCGACUACACUACCUAUCGAGCACCGUCUACAAGCCCAUCAAAGAAAAAAGGUAAAGGAAAGAAGAAAUUCACCCCGAACAUGCGGGCUCGAGGUCGGGACCAAAGAAACAAUCCUCAACCUUCUCCAACGAAAGGUGGCGAGGAAGCAAACAGCAGGCAGUCAGGUAGUAAAGCAACCGAGAAGACAGAAGAUGUUGCGGCCAUAGGCGAUGCCACACCCCGCCCAGCAUAUACGAUUCUUGCUCAGGGUCUAGAGUUGACUGCUGGGGAGGUUUUUACGGAGUCCUCCUCCACGGCUUCCAGGAGCCCCACUCCGUUUAGGUACCAGCUUGAAACCAUAACACGCCAGACAGAGGAGCGACCUGCGAUCGACUGGUCCGCCAUCCCCAACGUUCAGAUAUCGCGACCCCGGCAAGGAUCCCACAAUACUCCCCAGGCCCCUCUCAGCUUCCGUGGCUAUGGCAAUCCUACUUACAACACCACCAAUGCCGGCUUCAGCCACUACACCAUGCCUGCUCCGCCACACUCUCGCAACUAUCUCGGAAGAUAUCCAUACCGUCAGCAAGGCGGUAACGGUCUCUACGACCGCCCCGGUUACAGUUAUGGCUACUCCGGUCGCAAUCGCACCACGGCAGCUGCAGGAGUCCCACUAAACUCUACAACCCCAUUCCCGAACCCUGUCCCGCCACCUGGUCCCCCGAGAAGCGGUACUCCGAAGGAAUACCUGGGGUAUAGUGUCGGUGGCGAUGAGACGCCGCGUAAACCGAGCCAGACCUGCCGUAGGAUGGAUAUUGUGAUGCCGGCUACGGAGAUGGUAGGGGGAAUUUCUUGCAAUAAGUGUGAGCCGGAUCACUGAGACAUUGGGGCGAGUCGAGUCCACGGAGUUUAGUUCAGC